AAAGCGGUAUCAAUCUAACAACGAGCGCAGAGGCCUCGUAACGUUCAUAUGGAAUCAGAGGAGCUAUCUUUCCCUUGUGUGUAAAAUGGCAGAUAGUUUAAAUGAUUGAAGGAUACUGUGCCGCUGCGAUCCAGUCUAGUAACUGUUGGCCGAGCAGGAUUUUGUCAUAAACAACUGAACAAUCAGAUUUCGAUUAAACAUUUCGAUGUCAGCAAAUAGAAUUGUGGACGAAUAUUCUAAACAGUUUGUUUAAGAACAAUAUUUUUGAAUUCCACCGUAUAACUCAGCAAUAUUGUUAAUAUACGAUCGCAAGGAAAGAUAAUGCGUAUUUCAAACAUGGAAAACUUGUAUUAUAUAAUUUGUUUGCAAAAGUGUGUGUAAACAAAAUCACUUAGCGGGUUUUCUUCUAUUCAUACCACAUUGAUAAGCUGUGGGACAAAUUAUGUGACAUUUUGAAAAAGUAUUGAUUCGUUACCAUGGAUAUAAAUAUAACUAAAUUAGCCGAUUGGACAUUUGCAAAAAACAAUCUGGGAAUGAUUGUUAAUGAGACCGACCACUUCUAUAAUGAUCGCCAGUUGGAACUAAUAAAUGAUCAUUCUCUUGUGUAUAGGCUUCCUGCGAUCAUUUUUUGUGGCAUAAUGAUGUUGGUAGGUUUACCGGGAAACAUGGUCGUAUUCUACGUGUAUUUCUUCAAAUGGCGCAAAAGUACCUCGAGGAUUUUCAUUCUGUUCCUCGCCGUACUUGAUAUGUUCAACAGCGCGACCAUAUUACCAAUGGAAAUAUUCGUAAUGAAGAACUAUUUAAAGUUGAAUUCCCCGUUCCUGUGUAAGAUAUUUAGAUAUGGGACUUAUGUCAUGAAUUGCUCGUCUGCGUUGAUUUUGGUUGGGAUAGCCCUAGACCGAUUUCAGCGGAUUUGCCGACCGUACAAGCAGACCUUCAGUGAAUGGACGUCGAAGUGUAUAUGCAUCGGUGCAAUUGUUGUCGCUUUGUGUGUAACUUGGCCAUCGCUGGUGCUCUAUGGGACACGUACAACUCGUAUAGCUAAUAUAACUUCAUUUUCGUGUUCUUUGCAAAACAAUUACGAUGUAUCGUCAUACCCAAUGGCAUAUUUUGCUUUGUUGACAUCUACGACAGCGAUAGUGUUUGCUGUGCUGAUAAUACUAUAUUACGCCAUUGGAAUUCAAAUCUACAAGCACAGGCAAUUUAAGAAGAAAAAGUGUUCCCAUGUACAAACAAUUAUUGACGAAAAGUCAAUAACAGUAAAGUCUGAUCAUGAACAAUCAAAAGAUGUGAAUGGUGGACAUACAGAGCCACACGAUGUUAAUCCUAACGUUACGCCUGCACAAACGAAUAAUACGAACAAUGAAUUAAAACAUGAUCAGAUCAUGCCAGAUGCGGAUCUUGAGACCAGUUGCGCGUACUUGGAAAUAAAGAAAAGUGAUGAGCCGAACGCUGUUCAAAACGGGUCUGCAAUGAAUGAGAUGCACCAUAUGAAGGACGUAGAUGGUUUGAACGGUGCAGCAUUGAGACAAACUUCUGCGGAAGCGCACGUCAAAAAAAUAAAGAGAAAGAAACAACGCAUCCGGUAUAUGUUAGUUAGGGGCUCCUCCACCCUUACCGCCUCUGGUCGUAACAGGUGUUCGAACUGCAUUACUGUUCGGAUAGGACGCUCGACCAUGAUGUUGUUCUUUAUAACAAUUGCGUACGUAUUGAGUUUUCUGCCGUUUUACACACUGGUGAUAAUGCGGCAGAUCAACCCAAUGUACUUUAUGCAUUUACCAGAAACAUCCAAGGCCUCAUACACGGCAUAUUUGGUGUUUGUGCGAUCCUAUAUACUUUCCAGCGCCAUUAACCCACUAAUAUAUUCAUUCUGUAACAUUCAGUUUAGAAACCACUGUAAAGAGUUAUUCAAGAAGAUUGUUUCCGCCGAUAAUUUACUGAUGUGAAUUCUAGAUUAAACGAGCGUCAUUAAGUAUGUUUUAAAUAUUAAAUUUAUACUUACUAAACGUCAAAUUGGAAUUUCAUAUGUUUUUAUCAAACAUAGGUUCAUAAAAAAUGUGUUAAUUUCCUGAAAUAUAUAAUAUUUAUAUGGCAUAUUGUUAUUUAUCCUUGAUAUACCACCUUUUAAAACAGUUAGAACAAACUUGAGUCGCAUAUCUACAAAUUUAUUGUAUUUAAAAUACUGAUGUAUGUGUACACUUAUUUGAAUGGAAUAUAUUUAAUCAUCAUCAUCAUUAUACAAUCAUUGUGUUAUC